GUACCGCGCCCAAAAACAGCGCGCAUGCGCGAUGCGGUGCAUGCGUGCCAUUGACUCAGGCGUUGACAACUGAAGGUUUAGGGGCCGACACGCUACUUUUUUUUUUUUACGGAAUGUCCACCGAUCUCCGAUGUGUGUGUGCCGUGUGUGUUACUGGAUGCGACUAACCACGCACCGAGCGGUCUGCGGUGAAAUACCCGGCGUUUCCGUGCUUCCCGACGCUUCGGCAAAAUGGAUACCACCAGUCGGAGGACGGCAGACCCACUAGCCUCGAUUUACAAUAAGACAAGCCUGCACACAUGAUGGCCGGAGGCCGUCCGUGACCCCCUGGGCCGUGCCUGCCGUGGGACAGCCAUGUCCAAGAGCCGCUAUGUGCUGCAAGUGCACGUGGGGGCCUUCAGCAACCUGUACGAGGCCCUCUCUAUCGAGGCCAGCAAGCAGACGACCGCCUCGGACAUCGUGGCCUGCAUCGCCGAGAAGCUCGGUCUGUCCCUGCCCCGCGACCUCGAGCUCGCAGAGGUCGUCCACAACGCCAGCGGGGAGGAGUGCAAGGAGCGCCACCUGGGGCCAGAAGAGUUUCCGGUGGCGCUGCAGUUGCUAUGGCCGCAGCAGGACACGCACCGUUUCUGCCUGCGGGAGCGGCUGUCCGGCAGCUCGGCGGCCCUGGUGCUUCCCCUGGGGCCGGAUGCCUCCGCGGACGCCCAGCUGCUGCGGGACUACUUCCUGCGCUUCCUGUACCACCAACCCAGGGACCGGGACUACUCUGACCUGUGCCAGCUGCCGGACCUGACCGAGCAGACCCUGCUGGAGAACCUCAAGGCCCGCUUCGAGAGGGGACACAUCUAUACCUACGUGGGCUCCAUCCUCAUCGCCGUCAACCCCUUCAAGUUCUACCCCAUCUACAAUCCCAAGUAUGUGGGGCUGUACCAAAACCAGCGCCUGGGCGACCUACCCCCGCACAUCUUUGCGGUGGCGGACGCGGCCUACCACGCCAUGCUGCGCUCGCGUGCCAGCCAGUGCGUGGUCAUCUCGGGGGAGAGCGGCUCGGGCAAGACUGAGAGUACCAACCUGCUGCUCCACCACCUGACCGCCCUCAGCCAGAAGGGAUCCUACGGGCGCGGCGUGGAGCAGACCAUCCUUAGCGCAGGACCCGUCUUGGAGGCUUUUGGCAAUGCCAAGACCAAGCACAACAACAACUCUAGUAGGUUUGGCAAGUUUAUCCAGGUCAACUACCGGGAGAAUGGCAUGGUGCAUGGUGCACUGGUGCAGAAGUACCUGCUGGAGAAGUCGAGGAUAGUGUCGCAAGCAAAGAAGGAGCGCAACUACCACGUCUUCUACUACCUGCUGGCCGGAGCUUCCGACGAAGAGCGCAGGGAACUGCACCUCAGUCGGCCCGAGGAUUACCACUACCUGAACCAGAGCCAGUGUUACACACUAGAAGGCACGGACGAAGCAUUUGAAUACACGAGGCUCAUGCAAUCCAUGGAGAUGGUGGGAUUCAACCUCGACAAGCGGAAAAGGUUGAUUCGAGUACUUUCUGCUGUCCUGCACUUGGGGAACAUUGAGUUCAGCAAGAAGUCGACGUAUCACAGCGACGAAGCAGUUCAAGUGAAGAACCCCGAGGUCCUCUCUCUAAUAUCGUCUCUUUUAGGGGUGAAGGAAGAAACGCUCAACUCUGCCCUCACAACCAAACGUGCCAAAGCUCCAGGGGAGACAUUGGUCAUCAGUUACAAGAUGCCAGAGGCAAUAGCCACGAGGGACGCCAUGGCCAAGUGUCUUUACGGAGCACUUUUUGACUGGAUUGUGAUGCAAGUCAACCACGCUCUGCUCUCUGCUAAGGACUUCCGGGAACACAGGGGAAACAGCAUAGGUGUGCUCGAUAUAUUUGGGUUCGAGGACUUUGGUGACCACAACAACUUCGAGCAGUUCUGCAUCAACUUUGCCAACGAGCACCUGCAGAACUAUUUCAAUCAGCAUGUCUUCAAGUAUGAGCAGGAGGAAUACCAGAAGGAGGGCAUUCACUGGAAGAACAUUGAAUUUACGGACAACACUGGCUGCCUGAGCCUGAUCGAGGGAAAGCCUCACGGACUGCUCUGCCUCCUCAAUGACCAGUGCAACUUCUCGGGGGCCACAAACGCCAUGCUGCUCCAGAAGUUCCAGAACCAGCACAAGAACAGCCCCUUCUACGAGGUGCCCCAGAAGCGGGAGAAUGCCUUUCUGGUGCACCACUACGCGGGCAGGGUCAAGUACCAGAUAAAGGACUUCAAAGAAAAGAACCUGGACCUGAUGCGUCCAGACGUGGUGAUGGUGCUGAAGAGCUCGAGCGUGGCGUUGGUGCGAGAGCUGGUCGGAGCCGACCCCGUGGCCGUGUUCCGUUGGGCCAUUCUGAGGGCGUUCUUCCGCUCCUACCAUGCCCUGAAGAAGCCUGCCUCCCACGGUCGCUCCAUCGGCGGCGUCAAGAAGCCACUGAGCUACAAACGCCCGGACAACCUCGUCGCGAACCAAGGCGUGUCGUCUUCGAGGCGGUCGUCGUUCGGCGUCAGCGGGUGUCAGGGAAACCUGGGUGCCACCUCCUGCCCGGUCCACCGUGGUGACACCCACCUCUGCGCCAACGAGGCGCGGGUGAUGGAGAGGGCCAACCAGAUCAUGAUGAAGAACCGCCACACCAGAUCUCGCAGCCGAAUGGACAAGGGUCUCAAGAACCUGCAGAGUGUGAAGACCGUGGUGGGCAAGACUCACCCUCACCCGCAGCAGCGUACCGGCAGAAAGCAGCCGCCAACGGUGACCGCACAGUUCCAGGUGUCACUCAGUCACCUGAUGGAAGCCCUCAGCCAGGCCAACCCAUUCUUUGUCCGGUGCAUCAAGUCGAAUGCAGACAAGAUUCCCUGUUCGUUCGACGAGAAGGUCAUCCUGCAGCAACUGAGGUACACCGGGAUGCUGGAGACAGUGCGGAUCCGACAGUCCGGCUACAGUGUCCGUCUUCCCUUCGAGGAGUUCAUUCAGCGGUAUCGGGUGCUCCUUCCCCGCGGACUCAUCAGCUCGCGGUCGGACAUCCGCGACUUCCUGCACCGUGUGAACCUGGAUCGCAACAACUAUCAGAUGGGAAAGACAAAGGUGUUUCUUCGCGAGAGCGAGAAGCUCAAGCUGGACGAGCUGCUGCACCUCCAGAUCCUGCAGCGCAUCAUCACGGUGCAGCGCUACGUCAGAGCAUGGCUGCAGCGGCGACACUUCAAGCUGUUGCGGGCCUCGGUUGUCAGGCUGCAGAGCAUGGCCAGAGGCUAUCUGAUGCGCCGUCGCCUGGCGCUGGAGCGGUCGCGGCACGAAGCGGCCACGGUGAUUCAGCAUUGCUGGAGACGGCACAGAAACGCCCGCUGGUUCGGGCAGCUGCGAUGCAGCGUAACUGCCUUCCAGGGAGUCUGCAGGGGCCACCUGCUCAGGCGCAGGUUGGCCGAGCAACAGCAUCAUCGAAACAAGGUUGACGCCUUCCGCAACCGGAAAAGAUUGCCGCUUCCAAACGGUGUUCUUCCAACUGAGUCAGACCGUCUGAUGCAUCGCUCUGUGGAUUCCGAAGAGAGCAGUGGCGGGGUCCUCGAGGACUCUGAGAACGAGAGCCUGGCCUCGGAAGGCGGCCCCGCAUCCCCGCCGACCUCCCCCGGACGGAGCGGGUCCGUGUCCGUCCCCGGGAGGGCACCCCACACCGGGGGCUCCACUUUCCGGGACCAGAAGAACCUCAUCCACAUGCUGAGCACCAGCGAGGCCAGCAACCUGCCGCUCAGGGGAAAGGGCUCCCAGAAGGUGCCCGUGCGGAAGUGUCUCUCGGAGAUUGCCCCUGACAACAGCUUCAACAAGCAGGGCCAGGAGAAGAGAAGGACCCCGUCUGGGUCCGGCCAGACAAACAACGGUACUCCCAGCAACCACAACACUCAGGAGGAUGGGGCCUCGGGGGCCCUGAAGGAGGAACUGAAGGGGCCCCUGCACAAGGCACGCAAGCACUUCAAGACCUUUAUAGGGAGCAAGAAAGACAAGAAGGAGAAUCGAGACGACACUGACGAGUCGGGGGGAGAGGACGCCCUGUCCCCAAGGGCCGAAGGGCUGUGCACCGAGCCAAUGCCGGGCGAGAAAAGGUUUGCAGCGCACACCAUCAAGAGCGUGAGCAUGCGCUACAAGGGGGAGCUGUGCGCAGUGUGCGAGAACAACAUGUCGCUCUUCAUCAACCAGGGUAGCAAGUGCACACGCUGCAAGCUGCUCUUCCACCCCAAGUGUGCGCACUUCGCCGACAAGCUCCCCUGCAGGAGCAAUAGCCUCGGGAGCGAGCCCACCCCUCCGAGCCGCUCUCACAAGCAGGGCAGGGGCUCCUGCGGCUCCGUGGAAGGCGUCCCGUCGCACCCCCAGGGUGUCCACUCGCACCCCCAGGGCGUCCAGUCACACCCUGCACCGGCCCAGUCGCAGCAGCAGCACGGGGGGUCCUGGAACGUGACCCGGACGGCGGAGUUCAAGGACCCCGGCGACGUCCUCAUCACCGACGUGUCUGAGCUCAAGAAUCUCGACUCGUUCCUUGUCAAGAAGGUGGGUCACCUAUCCGGAACGGGCAAGAAACGAGAUUCAACGGUGGACGUGGUUUUCAAGAAGGCACUCAAGAAAUUCAAGUCAAACUUGAUCAGUACAUACUCUGCAGCCGCACAGGACGGUCGCCUGCGCCUGCGCUACAAGGACCUGACGGACCACUUCCUGCAAGUGGUCCAGUCGGUCAUUGGCCAAGAGUCCUCCCAGGAGACGUUCCCCAUCACCAUGGCAGUCAACGCCUUCCGGGGCUUCCUGGACGAGUUCCGCAAUAUGUACCAGUCGGAGAGCAAGCCCAAGAGCAAGGGCAAGAAGAGGAAACGAAAAAAGAAGCCGUCGCAAAUUAUUGAGCACUGCGGCCACGUCUUCUCGCUGGUCGUGAUCAACAUCCCGACCUCGUGCGAGGUCUGCAGCAACUCCAUGUGGCUCACCGAACGAGGGCUUGUCUGCCAAGGUUGCAAGCUGACGUGCCACAAGAAAUGCUACCAAAAGGUGGCCUCUUCGUGCAGAGACGUCAACAUUCUCCAGGGGCGCAAGGUGUUUGGCGUGCCCCUGGGGCGCCUGGUGAGCGAGGAGGUGCGCAUCCCCGUGGUGGUGGAACGCCUCAUCACAGCCAUAGAGAUGAAGGGCCUCUACGUGGAGGGCAUCUACCGCAAGUGCGGCAUCACCUCCCGGCUCAACCAGCUCAAGCAGGACAUGGACGACGAUCCGGAAGGCGUCGACCUGGACUCGUAUCCAAUUCACGUGCUGACGGCCACCCUCAAGGCGUUCUUCCGCGAAAUGCCGGAACCGCUCAUGACGUUCGAGCUCUACGACAGUUACUUACUGGCCACAAACUUUCAGGACCCCGAGGAACGUGUGCAAGCCAUCUUCAUGGAAACAAAGAAACUGCCACCUGCCCACUACGACCUUUUUGAAAGACUGGCGUUCCACCUUGCCAGGGUGGCACAGCACCAGGAAUUCAACCGGAUGUCACCCGAGUCGCUGGCCAUUGUGUUUGCCCCCUGCAUCCUCCGCACCAACAAGAGGCUCCAAGCACAAGACACCCUGGACUGUGUCAACAAGCAGACCAUUUGCGUCCGGUGCAUCAUUCAGGAACAGCUCAAGAAAGUUCAGGACACUCUGAACGACAUCGACAGCCUGGACACGGCAGUCAAUACCGUCGUCAGCAGGCUGAGCACCCUGCGCUCCUCCAGGCUCUCGCUUGCGUUGGAACCCGACGGCGGCCAUCUUCCCCAGCCAAUGGGCAUGCGGGAUGAAGAGGAGGAGUUGCUGACGCAGCAGAUCGAGAACCUGCAGAAGGAGAAAGCGAUGUUGACGACGGUGUUGCCGACGCUCCAGCUGGCCUUGAGCGGGUCAGACGAUGACCUUCUGAGCACGGAUUUGGACAGUGCCGCUGGAAGCCUGGACGAUGUGAGGCCCUACGACGACCCCAAUUUGGUGGGUGCAGCCGCAGGACAGCUGGAUCCGAGACACCAUCCCAAGACAAGGGUGUCGACACCACUGCGACGUCUUCAGCCACGGUUCCCGCCUGGCAGUGAUGGCAGUGCCCAAGGCCUGUCCAGUUCGACCCCUGACACCAGCGUGGUGUCGCUGUACAAACCGACCGAGGUGGACGACGAAGCCAUCAUGGUGUGACACCCGCUGCGCGGACACCCGGCAUCCCCGAGUCUCGUGUGGAGGCGAAAGCUCGUCGGAGGAGGGUGUCGUUCGAAUUCGAGGCGGCGUGGUUGAACUCAUUUGGUUUGAAGUGACGCGCACACCGUGUCGCGUGCUCUGCUACGUCCGCGGCUUAAGCCGGACGCGUUGUGACGUGUGCCGCACGCGUUGCAGGGGGAACGUCGCUCGACGCGUGCGGUUCGACUUUGCAGUUUUUUGUUUUUGUGGAAUUUCGCGGCGUGUUUUUACGUUCAACUUCUCACGCGACGAGUCAGCGGUUCUGUUGUUAAACUCGAAUGCCUCGCCGGAGUACGCACCUGGUCUUCUCUGAGAGUAUUUUGCUCCGGACAGCGAAGAGCGAGGUUUCGGUUUUGCGCGACGCCUGGGAUUCCGGUAUUUGUCUGGUCAGUGCAAAGACUAUCGGAGAUUAGAAGUUGGCUAAGGUGACGCCAGUUCCGUGAGCGGAGGUUCGUCUCGAAGUAUUCCCUGCGUCGUCUGCCUUCUGCGACGUAGCAACGUUGCGGCUUUUCGCGUUUUCCGUGUCGUCAAAGUAGUGCCAGUGGAGUAUAAUGUGUGGCUGUUGUCGGUUCUCCCAGGCUGUGUGUUGCCCUCUUGCUUUGCCUUUUCUUAGUGCCUGGUGACUGUCCGUAAAGUAACCGUUCUAGUAAGAGGUGAUUCUUUGCUUUCAUUCCAUGGCCUGACCCCGCAACAUUUUGCAGUGCGGCUUCCGUGCCAAUUGACUUCUUCCAUGCCGAUUGACUUCUUCCAUUUUGGGUGUAGCUUUUUGUCCACUCUGUGUCUCUUCUUUCCGAUUCCACGCCGUGGUCCCUGGAAAGUGUUCUGCAUUUUGCAAGUUUCUGACUUUCCAAAUGUGGGUUUUAAUCUCUGGUCCAUUCCCGUAGCAUGUGUAGCUUUAAGCGUCCGUCGUUAGAGCGGUAAAAAUCUCGAUUCCAGAGCCCUCACGAACUCAGCCCGAGCUCCGAAGUUGUAUUUGCCGUAGUUUAGUCGUGUUCUGCUUCAAUGUUUAGGCUUAGUGCGGAAUGUUCUGCUGGGAACAAUGUGUGGUAGGUUUUCGAACCCAGAAGGCCUUAUUAUGAGGAACAUGUGCGGGCAGGUUGCUGAGCGCUGAACCGUCUUCCGAAUGGCUGAUGCAUUGGUUGUACCAGAUUUUUUUUUCUCAUUUUACCAGCGAGGAAUGUGAACUCAACUUUUCUAUUGCUGUUCGUGUUGUGCGAGGCUGGCGUGACAGUCUUUUUUAAAAUGUAUUUUUUCUUAAUUUUUAAGAUAUAUACAUACUCUCCAUCCAUCUACUGCAUUUUCUUCCAGUGUCAAAUCACCCCCCACUGUACAUGCAAAUGUAAGGACAAAAUGGCCAUAAGCAAUGUUUCAUCUAGUCAGAUCCAUACAGCAAAUAUUCAGGUUUUAAUUUCUAACUCAAUCACUGUCUUGGUGUGCAUCCAUUUCCUAAAUUUGUUUGGAAGUUUGAGUAUGGUUUAUGAUUUGGAAGUAACGAUAUCCAUGACAAUUGCACUGCCCCGGUGCUGACAAAACUUAAAACAGCAUUUUAUUAAGGCACCAAACAAUUUUCCCCCUUUUUUUUUAACAUUUGCAGCAAUCAACUCAACGGUAUUCAUUUUUGAACGAGCAUAAUCAUUAAAAUGCCUGUCUGAGGCCGUCAACGUUUUAAGCCGCCUUCUGAAGAGAGAGUAGGUGUGUCAUGGUGAUGUGGAACAUUUCUGGAAAGUACCUUACCCUCAUAUUUUGCUCCUUCAAAAUACUACUACUUCAUAUUGCGAAUAUUAUAAUCUACCGCCUCAAUGACCUCGUGACUUUUUUGAGAUUUAAAAUUUUUUUUUAAAGCCAUUACGCAUAUUUUUAAAGCGCCAUCCUUUUCUUCAAAUUUCUACUCAUGUUUGUUUCGUACGACGUCCAAUUGUCGCCUCAAGAUGCCAAACGCAAUGUUGUGUCGCUAGUGUCUUUGGUACCGAAGUACGGAGUGUUGCGUCGAGUGCAUCUUCAUCCCAGUUGUCAAUUUCACUGUCCGAAAACAACACUGCAGUCCAUCCGUGCGAAGCAAACAAAAGGAAGAAGAAAAAAAAAGUAAAAAAAAAAAAGCCAUCUUGCUUUCUGCUUGUUUUAAAUUAAUACUUAUUUAAUCACCAGUGUACUCGCCAGCGUCAAAUGUGUCAAAAGCAAGAGAGAGCUAUAUUUAUGACAGUGUUGUCUGUUCAGUGUUAGGUGUUGCAUGUCGCGGCUUGUACAGAUCGAAGUGCCUUGAUUUUACAUUGCCGAGGUUUUUGCGAGAGAAACGCAGUGCAAUUUAAGGGAGAAGACACAGCGAGGGUUUGGGGGAGAGAGAGAGUUCACUACAUUGCCCCAGAACAAAGUGUGUUGAGUGCAAGGCAGGCAAUUUGCAUUACACAUUGUUGAGGUGUUUCUUUUCAUUGUUUUUUUUUUCCUUUUUUUUGUUUUGUUCUGGCUACUCAUGGCAUUGUACAUUUUGAGUGUGGCAUUGUACAUUAUUAUGCUCAAGUUUUUUGUACACGACGAGAAACAAAAUGUCCCUCUCCACGUGAGUGUGUGCUCCGACAUUACCUCCGGAAAUUAAACACCCACAAUGUCAAACUGA